AUGCGAGCAUUAAUGAGCUACAGAGAAGCAAAGCUAAAGCGUCAAGCAAAAAUUAAAAGCAAAGCGUAUCAUCGUCAUUUGAAAAGACAAAAACGGAAGGAGUUGAUCAAACAGUUUGAUGAAUUGCUUGUAAAAGACCCUGAAUCCGCAAAGGAGAAAUUAGCUGAAAUUGACCGCCAACGUAUUUUGGAACGUGCUACCUUAAAACACAGGAACGGAAGCAAACACGGUCAGAUAUUAGCACGAUAUGCGAAAAAGGAUCCGAAUGCUAAGAGAGCGUUGGAAGACCAAAUUCGUCUGGGCAGAGAACUGGUUGAGAAGUAUAGUUUAGGGCAAGAUGCUAGUGGAAGCUCUGACGACGAAGAGGAAGUUUUGACCGCUAAUCAACUCCUCGAGGUAUAUUUUGGAAGUACAUAUUCAAAAGUUUUUUUCAUUACGCUGUUGAUCAUAUUUAAGUUAAACGUAAGGACAUCGUAUCAAAAUUUGGAUUUGGCAACCGAAAAAAAGCCAGAUUGGGACGUGGAUGAGGAAUGGGAUGCUUCGCAGUUGCAGGAUAAGGUUCUUAUUAAAGAAGAAAAUGACCUAGAAGAUAAUGGCGGCCGCUCCAAAGAAGCAAGUGUAGAAAAUUUGAGUCUUAGCAAACGGAGGAAGCUACGAUUGAAAAAAUCUGACGAAGAUCGGAAAAAGGAAAGUGCUGUUUUAUCCGACACUACAAGCAGCAAUAAAAUUGAUAUAUCUUUGGAUCCGCAGCAAUUUUUGAAAAUCGACGCAAAAUCGCUUACUCAAGUUUCGGCUGACCUCGUGGAAAAAAUUGACGAAUUUGACGAGGACGUUAAGCAACAGGAAUUACUUGCUGAAGCAUUUAAAGAUGAUGAUGUAAUUGCGUCUUUUGAGGCUGAGAAAGCAGCUGUUGAGGAAGAUGAAAAACCUAAAGACAUUGACUUAACCUUACAUGGUUGGGGUUCCUGGACAGGCCCUGGGAUUUCCGACAAAAAGAAAGAACGGUAUUGUUUUGUUAUAAAAGCGGCGCAGAAAAAACGUAAGGACUGUGGUCGUUAUGGUUUAAUUAUCUCGGAAUCUGUGGAUAGUUCCAUCGAGAAGAUUCAACCGCAAAUGGUUCCAUUUCCGUAUACAACUGUUGAAGACUAUGAAGCCGUUAUCCGCCAACCAAUUGGUAAAGACUGGAAUCCACCAAGCAUAGUUCGUGAACUUACUAAACCUACGGUUAUCACGAAGGGAGGCAGAAUUAUUAGACCAUUAGACAAGGGAACUGUUAUAAAAGAAAAAGUUAAAAAUGUGUCUGAUGAAGAAGAUUAG